CAUCAGCCAGCAACACAGGCGAACACAACUCUCUCUCCCAGCUCACUACAGCUGCACCACAACCUGAGACCACAGAGCGACACACACCAUCACCACCACCACCCGGACCUCCGAGGCUGGCCGCGCAUCCACAUCUAGUCCUAACUCUGACUGAUACUCCAAACGGAUCCCGGCAGGAGAAACCUGACCACUGCAACGACCACAAAAGGGAUCUUAGGCUAUAUUGAUUAUAUAGCCACCGCCGACGACUUUUAUCUGUUUUUCCAGUCGCUGGUAAUCCUUCUCCACCGUGCCACAAUGUCCGAGGUGUUGCCAUACAACGAGGGGAAAAUGAGCGGCUAUGGGGCGGACAGCGAGGUCAGUCAGAUGUCCUUUAGCUGCGGACUGCAGGACACAAACGCCUUUUUCGCUGCGUCGCAGGCGAAAAGACCCCCAAAGCUUGGACAGAUCGGCAGAGCCAAACGAGUGGUGAUCGAGGACGACCGAAUAGACGAGGUCCUGAAGGGGAUGACAGACAAGUCCUCACCUGGCGUUUAAACAUGAACGAUGCCUUGCAGACUUUUUUAAUUUUGAUCACCGAUUUGAAGCACUUGUCGGCUGUGCAUGUUCGAGGAUUGCAGGAGAAACGAUGGCACGAAGCGAAGACAAGUAUGGAAUGAGAAAGGGAAUGAAGGGGAAAGAAAGGGAAGAUGGAGAAGGCAAAAAGGAAGAGAAAAGAGAGAGAGAAAGAGAGAGAGAAAGAGAGAGAGAGAGACUCUGGAAAAGACCGAGAUUUAUCAUGGGAUUGCUGGCAAUUCUCCAAACGAAUCCCGAUUUUAACUACUGCUGCGCAGCAAGAUGUUGAGAUGGCGGACACUGCUCUGUGUCUCAACCUCUGCUGAAUUUAUGAUGGAUUAACUUGUCAUUACUUCACGACCAUCUCUUUCUUUCCAAAAGCGCUGUAAGCAACAAAAUACUGCAACUGGAGGCUGAACCUAAAUUCAAGCCUUAUUUCAAUAAGUUGUACAGUAGGUAGGCUAAGCUUUCAGACCUUUCCUCCCCUUUAGGCUUUGCUUUGUUGAUUCAAUCAGCGACGGUGCAUUCAAGGGAGCUGUCCUUUCAGCACUGGUCCAAUGCAUUCCUGUUGCUGCUAACGCUUUUUAAAAACAGACCAACCAAACUCUCAAGUCUACUAACUAGAGGAGACCCAUUGUAUGUAAAAACAUAUAUCCGAGGAUGGUGCAAUGUUAAUAUUUUCUUUGCUAUAGCCCAAUUUGUUUUGGCCCUACUCCUGAAAAAAACCUUAUAGUCCACAGAUUAAAAUGAACAAUGGGCUACAGUUUUAUUCUUGCAUUACCCAUUAGUGGUUAAAGGUGCAGACUGGCGCCUUCAUGUAGCUAAUCUACACCUGCACAUAUCUUUUGUUUUUCCUUUUUUAUUUAUUUAUUUUUUUAAUUUGACAUUUUCAAUACUGAAAUAUCGACAGAGGCCAGCAGAGACGAAGAAAUUAUAGUAAAUGUUUAAAAUACUAGUCAUGAAAUUGAUGGGAAAAGAAAAGAUGUUUUCUAUUAUUUGAUUAUUUUAAUUUUGCUAUUAUUCGUGUUUUCGUCUUCUAUAAAUUAAAAGUCGACUUUUUUCUCCAUCUAUUUGCAUGAUCUUUCGCUCCGGUGCCAACACAGGUGCCACCACUCUUACCCUGGCACGCUUCUUUUUAACAAAAUUCAUAUUUGUAUUUUUAUAUCUAAAUAUUUGUUAUUUAAAUGAUAUGCUAGUCUAUCGUCUUACAGUUCAUCAACAAAAAUAUUUAUACUUCAGAGAGGAUAUACAGAUCGAGACUAGGCUACAUAACGGAGAAUCUAAGAGAUUUUGGUUGACUGGUCUCAUUCUAUAUCAAAGGUUGGACGUUUUUUAAAGACUAACUGAAUGUGUCUGGGGUUUUUGCACACAUCAAUGUUAAACUAUUAUUAAGAAAUCGUAUACUGUGACUUGAGCUUCGUUGAUGAAUUUGUUAGAAAAUGGCAGUUUUAGAGUAUAUUGCACUGUUUACGAGUAUCCUCAAAUAACACCUUGUUAUUUGACCGAUUUUGGACAUUACAGUUAUGUUUUUUAUUUUGUUUAUUUUGUACCAUUCUUUUAAAGAAACUGGAUAUGGUUUGUUGUGCAUGAAACCUUAAUAUUUUCAAUAAUGAAACAUCGUUUUAUGAAGCAAAAAAGCAACAAAAAUGUCAUGACAUUCUAAGAAUGAGUCAUUGUAUAUUAUGAUGCCAUUUUCACUGUAUUUGGUGAACUAAUAAAUGGUGAAAGAAGAUUAUAUGGUGA